ACGGUCCGAUAUUCGAUGAAAGUGAUACCGAAAUCGUAUCUGGCCCCAGACCACUGAAGGAAUAUGACAGCUGAGAUAAAGCUUUAGAGUUAAAUUUGCAUUUCUCGGAUCAAAAAGCCUAACGAAGAAGUAUGGAUUGUCUGCGACACGAAAUUUAGUUUCAAAAUGGUAGGGAGUUUCGCAAGUACAAUAUUGGACUUGUAGUUUUUCGAUGGACAAGAUAACCAAUUGGGUAAAAGGAAGGAAUUGAUUGAGUCGUAAUCCUUUUAUGGAAAUCAUAUCGUCAAUAAAAUUUUAAGGGAUUCUGUCAGAUUUAAUCCUGGUGUGGUAACUGAUCCCAUCGGCACCAACUUCACUUCCUGUGUACAAGCCAGAGGAUGUAGCAGCGGUCCUUGAAUAACGACCAGUAAAAUAGAGAAACCAUAGAAAUGAUACAUGUAAAAACUCGUUCAAUAACACGAAAAGCUUCCUACAAUUUACGGUGGUUGGAAGCUGAAGGCCGCGAUGUUAAUCUAUCAGGAAUUGCAGUUAACUCCAAAGGAGAGAUCGCCGUGUGCGAUCAAGGAUGCGACCGUCUGAUCAUUUUGAACGAAGAUGGAACAUUCAAAGAAACAAUCGGCAGUAGUGGAACAGAAAAAGGUAAUUUAUCGUUACCUGAUGGAAUAGCGUACAACAAAAGCGACCAUUUGUUGGUUUCUGAUUAUGGAAAGCAUCGUAUUCAACUGUACGAUUGUAGAGUUGGUAAAUUUUGUUUUUCAUUCGGAUCUGGAGGAUCGGCUGAUGGACAGUUUUACUUUCCUUGUGGCUUGUCAAUAGACGAACAUGACAAUAUAAUCGUUAGCGAUUGGGGUAACAAGCGAGUUCAAGUUUUCGAUGAACGCGGAGAUUUCAAGCUGAGCUUUUCAAGUCAAGCAACGUUUGGCGGGAAGAAGCUGGGAUUUGGUGAGUCACCCAAGUUAAGCGAGCCACAACAUUGCAUAGCCUUCAAAAACCUAUAUUUUAUGACGGAUGGCUGUGCAAACUGCGUUAAAGUAUUCGAUGAAAGCGGAACAUUUCUGUACAAUAUAGGCUGUAUGAAUUCUCCUCAAGGGAUCGCCGUUAUUGAAAGCGAGAUUUUGUGUGUUUGUGAUUCGAAUAAUAACUGCGUGAAUUUGUAUUAUCCUGAUGGUACUUCUGUUUCUAGUGUCUCCGAUUUAACCUGGCCAAUGUACCUGGCAAACGGAUCAAAUAGAGAAAUUUUUGUGAGUGAGAGAGGAGCUUGCCAAAUCACUGCCCUAAAUUGUCCAUUCUGAGGAGAAUUAUGUUACAAUAUUUUUAAGUUGUCGUUUAUGUUGUUUAAAGUAAUUGAACAAUGACUUUUAAUGAAAACAAAGUAUUUUUGUAUAAUAGUACGUUUGCCUCUACCAAAAACGGCACAAAUAACUUUAGAGGCAACUAGCGUGGAUAGUUUGAAACGCAUUGUAAAUAGCAAACUGAAAAAAAUGAAUGAAAAUUUUAUAUUUUAAAAGUGGAGGAAAACGUUCGGGGGCUUGGGUUUGAUGAUUUCGGCACGCAUCGGUCAUUGCAUGAAUAUAAAUUUGUAAGUGAUACAGGUCAACAAAAUGGUACAAAAAAAAUGUCAUCUGGAUAAAUUCCUUGGUCCAUCUAAAGAGUUUUUUCCAACUAUGCGAAGGAUAAUCUAAUACCCUAUUUAUCCCCUUCUUGCGGUUUGAAAACAUCAUGUCUGUAGCAACAAUUAUGGAGCUUUAGUCAGGUUUGAAUGGUUUCCAUGCGUCAUUUUCGUGCAUUUAUAAAAUGUCUGUUUGUAACGAUUUUACGAGCUUAUCUUUAAAGUUAACUGUGAUUGCAACAGUAUUAUCUGCAUCUAAUAGACUAAAUAAUGUAAUCAUUCGAUUACUUAAUUGCGAACGCAAACUGUAACUCUUUGAUUUACGAAAUAGCUCAUGUCUAGAUUAAAAGAAAACAUUUGAAUUGAAAA